AUGAACUCAAGCCCUUACAAGGCAUGUAGCUGGACUACUGAACGCCAAAAGCACUGUAACUACGAAAGCUACCUCAAAUUGUUCUAUGAAGCAGGCGACCGAGGCGUCUGGUCGAUAGGCUCAAAGUUGAUAUUGAAAGAUCGAGGUGCUAGCCUUCCGACCUUUGAGGUACCAAAUAUUCAGUUUGUGCAGGAGCAGACCUCUAUUCCUGUUCCCACUGUUGUCGAAUCUUGGGAGGAAGGCGACUACACUCUCAUAUUGAUGCGACGUAUUCCUGGCGAACCUCUCGGCAAAUCUGAUAAAAUUCAAUCUCUUGGUGGCCUUCCGGUCUAUUCCAACUUCUUGUUCAAGAGCAAGACUUCUCAGGUUCCUCACGGUCGUCUUGUAUCUGAUAACGAGCUCUGGGCUGAUAUGGAGGGUGGGUUGAAAGAGACGAUCCCCGAGGCUGCGCGAGUACAACUUCGACAAUGUAUGCCAUCCGCUUUGCCGUACACCUUUACGCAUGGCGACCUCACAAAUGUUAAUGUUAUGGUAGAGGACGGUUCACUUACUGGUAUUAUUGAUUGGGAGAUGUCUGGAUACUUUCCAGUAUGGUGGGAAUAUGUGUGUACCUCGGUCCCUGAUAGCGAGGAGGACAGAGAGUGGAAGGCGUUGUUGUGA